AUGAAAUUUUCCGUGAUUUUAUCAAUGUCUUUAACGUACCUGUUCGGGGCGUUCGCCAACAAUUUGACCACAGAUGCCGUCGUUCCAGUCUCCGGUACCAACAUGGGAUCUAUACAGCUCCCCAACGGUGACACACGCCUGUACUAUCAAGACCAACACGACGGCUCGAUUAUCCAAAUGGACAUCUCGAAUGCAUUUACCAUCGGAGUGUUUGAAAAAUCUACUGUCCUGGUUCCUUCGUCGCAGGUCAGGUCCAAUUCUCCCGUGGCAGUUUCCUUAGUCGCAGAUGGAGAUACCUUCAUUCAGGUUCACACCUUCUUCUUUUCUCCGGAAAAUGUCCUGAGCCAGUACUAUUGGGACGAUGUACUUGGUAUUCAAGGAGGUGCAGAUUGUCUCACCUGUGUCACAAACAAGGGGUUUGUUGGUGCUGCAGGUAGUCAAAUGUUGUAUGCCAUGGCGAGCUCUGCUACUUCUCCACCGACUUUGCGAGUAGGGUUCGUGAGCGCGGGGGCCCCUAAUACAAUCAGCGAGGCAGUCAACACUGGCAGUGGUUGGAGUGUGGCUUCUUUGUCGACCUAA